AUGACACAACUAACAUCAGGGCAAUCGCCUGAUACCAAACGCCCCUUCGAGUUAAAGGAAACAGAAGAGAGCAUAGCCAUGCAGAAGCUCAACUCUUUGACGCAAGGCGACAUUGUCGAACUUGACGCCACAGAAUCCUUCCUCCGCGAGCAUAACUUCUCAAACGAGUAUAUUGCAGAGCUACUCAACGACAAAGCUCUCAACAAGAGAGUUAUACGCAAAGUCGACAUGAUCCUACUACCCCUGCUAAUGGGAACCUACAUGCUGCAGUACAUCGACAAGAACGCGCUCUCCUACGCAGCUGUGUUCGAUCUGUUCACAGAUACGGGCAUCUCGUCAGAUCAGUACAGCUGGUUCGCUAGUAUUUUUUACUUUGCGUACAUGGCCGCUGAAUACCCCUGGUUAUUCCUUGCGCAGAAGACAUUAAUGGCAAAGGUUGUUUCGGGAUGUGUUAUUGCCUGGGGAAGUGUGCUGAUGUUGACUGCUGCGGGAAACAAUUUCGGUUCCUUGGCGACAUGCCGGUUCUUUUUGGGUGUGUUCGAGGCGCCGAUUACAACAUGUUUCAUGAUGAUUGUUUCCAUGUGGUAUACGCGAGAUCAACAACCUUUCAGAGCCGGUAUCUUCUAUUGCUGCAACGGUGUCGGAGCUAUGUUGGGUGGUCUCCUCACAUACGGUAUUGGCCAGAUUAAGAACUUUCCUGUCUGGAAGGCUGUCUUCAUGACCUGUGGUGGUAUGACCAUUGUCUGGGGCUUUGUUCUUCUUGUCUUCCUCCCCGAUAGUAUCAUGACAGCCCGUCACUUCUCGCUUGAAGAACGCGCCCUCCUCAUCGGCCGAGGUCGUCUUGCUCAAACCGGUGUCUUAAACAAGACCAUCAAAUGGAACCAGAUCCGCGAAGCCUUUAUUGAUCCUCAAGUAUGGCUUCUCGUACUUUUCAUGCUUCUAAACGAAACCAUCAACGGAGGCGUAGCCAACUUUGGCAAGUUGAUCAUCAAAGGCGUUGUGAAGGAUCCUCUUGAGACUGUUGCCCUUGGUAUCCCUAUGGGUGGAUUCCAAGUGUUUUGGAUUCUUUCCGGAACGUUUAUUGCGUCUCGUGUCAAGAAUUGCCGAACUAUUAUUAUGGCUGUCUACCUCAUUCCAACUAUUGUUGGCGUUUGUCUUCUUUGGAAGAUGGACCGCGAGGAUCACAAGAUUGGUGUUCUAUUUGGUUACUACAUCGUUGGUGGCUUCGUUUGCUCUUUGGUUCUUGCGAUGCAGAUGCCUGCUAGCAACCUCGGUGGCUACACCAAGCGCAUGGCCGCUUCUGCCAUGGUGUUUAUUGCCUACUGUGUUGGUAAUGUUAUUGGUCCUCAUGCGUUCCUUGGCGAGGAAGCUCCUCUUUACCAGACUGGAUGUAUUACUAUCUUGGGAUGCUCUGUUGCCCAGAUGACGGUAGCGAUCCUGCUCCGAAUCCUGUUGAUUCGGAGAAAUGCACGACGAGAUGCCGCUGCGGCAGCUGUGGGAACCAAUAAUGAGGAUGUAUCAGCCACAGAAGGAAGCGAUUUGACUGAUUUUGAGAACCCCCAUUUCCGUUAUGUCUUGUAG